CAAAACAACAACUAUCGCGCAGAGAAAAAAGGAUUUUUCAAUUCGGUUUUCACGGACGGUCAUUCGCCGUAGAGGACCAACGGGAUARCCUCACUAGCAACGACGACAACGCUUGUUUCUGUCACGUGCAGUCAGUAAUGAAUAAAUGACCGUUUUUGGAGCAAUCGAUACACCAAUAGCAUUACCACUUGCCGGAGCAGCCACUUGCUAUCAAAGCAGCAACCAAGGUCACUCGGASACGCUCCAUCCAACCACAAGCGCACGACAAAGAAGCAAGCAAGCAAGCAAACAAACACACAACAACAAAGCACAYAGUUACAAUGUCGGACGAGCAGGGAGGCUUCUCGAUGCUCCGCGAAGUCCAGGAUCUGGCCGAAAAAUUCAAGGAAGAUGACGAGCAAUAUCUCUCCCCGUAUGCCCACCUCGAAAAGGCGUCCGUCUUGCAAGAGGCUAGGUACGUUGCAUGCAGCAAAACGAAACAAAAAGAAUUUGAAGCUGUAUUUAGAUUUCCGAACGGAACAUUUUAGGGUUACGUUAGCACGGUCUUCAAGUMGUGAUUGUAUUGAUGCUCUGCGAGCCGAGCUGUUAAGUUCGGGUGUUAUCAAUAUUUGAAUGUAGAAAGCGGAAUUGAAAUGGCCACCGACCGGGAUGAAUGUAACCUUCGAAAACAUGAGUCGCUACUGUUGCUGUUUCCACCUCUUACCUCCAACUAUGCAUUUCUCUUGAUUCUACUAUUUCUUCAUCAUUUCUUUCUUGCUACSCUGUUGACUGUCUCGGGUUUUGUAAAAUAUGAUUAUGUGACCUAACUAUCGAACUGCGUAAUCAUAUUGAACAAUGAACAAUCGAAAUUGAAUUCAAACUCUGACGACAACAUUGGAAAUCGCAAMACUACGACACCAUCCGAUACUACACAACAACAAAUCAUCACCGACGGCAUCCAAAAAUACUAUUCGAUUGUUUACCCUUUAUUCCUUCCCAAUUCCUUCCCAUACAGAGUCUUCCACGACCCCACGGUCGUAAGGGAAAAUCCUCGCAAAUGUUGCACUGUMAUUGCCCAGCUGUUGCACCUCCAAAACACGGGGCAGUACAUGACCUCGACGGAGGGAACCGAGGUCUUUUUUGGCGUUACGAAAUUGUUCAUGAGCGACGAUGCCUCGUUGCGACGAAUGGUCUAUUUGUUCAUUAAGGAUGUUGCCGAAACCUGCGAACACGACGACAUUAUCAUUGUCAUUCAAUGCCUCACAAAAGACAUGAACAGUGAUGCCGACUUGUACCGAGGAAACGCCCUSCGUGUCCUGGCCCGUAUCGUCGAUGCCUCCAUUCUCGGAUCCAUCGAGCGAUACGUCAAGCAGGCCCUCGUGGAUUCUUCUCCCCUGGUGUCGAGUUCCGCACUSGUCUCUGCCUCGCAUCUGUACAACAGCAGCCCUGAAUGUGCYACCAUUGUCAAGCGAUGGAUCACCGAGACGACCGAAGCGACCCAGUCGGCCAACGAAAUGGUGCAAUUCCACGCCAUGCAGCUGUUGUACCAAAUCAAGGCACACGAUCGCCUCGGAAUCUCUAAGUUGGUCUCCCAGUUCAGCUCGAGAAACACUCUGCGAUCCCCCCUGGCUUUGGUUUUGCUGGUCCGAUACACUGCCAAGCUCAUCCACGACGAAUCUGCAGACGGACGAGGCAGCAAGCAGGACGGAUCCCCCGCUGUCCAGCAGGGAUACCAGUUCCUCGAGGCAUCCCUCCGGCACAAAUCUGAGAUGGUUGUCUACGAGGCAACCCGUGCCAUCUGUUCCCUUCCUGGAGCUGAACCGCAGGACCUGAGCGGAGCCGUUUCAGUCUUGCAACUCUUYUUGAGCUCCAGCAAGCCCGCUACCCGAUACGCGGCCAUGAGAACGCUCGCCAAGCUCGCCAACACUCAGCCUCGUGUCGUGUCCAAGUGCAACGAAGACCUGGAAUCGCUACUCGGAGAUCCCAACCGUUCCAUUGCCACACUAGCGAUUACCACCCUGCUUAAGACYGGGUCAGAGAACUCCAUCGAUCGACUCCUCAAACAGAUUUCUGCUUUCUUGACCGAAAUCGCUGACGAAUUCAAGAUUACCGUCGUCAAGAGUCUCCAGAAACUGUGCCUCACCUACCCCGCCAAGCACCGGGUAUUGGUUGGUUUCAUGUCCAACUUCUUGAGAGAAGAGGGAGGAUUCGACUUCAAGAAAUCCAUCGUCUCUUCCAUCAUUUCCCUCAUUCGACAGGUUCCCGAAACCACCGAAUCGUCCUUGUUGCACCUGUGCGAAUUUAUCGAGGAUUGCGAAUUCACCCGUCUUUCUACGGAAAUUUUGCACCUGUUGGGUGAACUUGGACCCACAACGAGUGCCCCCGCCAGAUACAUUCGCUUCAUCUACAACCGGGUCAUUCUAGAGAAUGCCGCCGUACGUGCUGCCGCCGUCAGCGCCCUCGGAAAGUUUGCCGCCAACUGUCCUUCCUUGCGCAGCUCUAUCCUCACRUUGUUAAAGCGAUCGCUCUACGACGAAGACGACGAAACACGGGACCGCGCCGCUCUCAAUGUUGCGAUUCUGGAAGCCGCCAUGGAAGCCAACCCAUACGUCCCACCACCUGAGGACGCCGAGCCAGAGGAUAUUCCGGAUGAUGUUCCGGUCGACGGCGAUGCCGCUGCUUACGCCUUGCUAGAGUCCAUGCCCAUGACCUUUGAGAAAUUGGAGCGUAGCAUGACUGCCUAUCUAAACACACCAGUGUCCAUGGAGUCGCCUGAUGCCAUUACCUUUGAGACGCUACCGAUUGUCGAGGACACCGCGGAAGAAAUUGUUGCCGCCAUGGGAGGAGGUGACGCUUUUACCGAUGAUAUUGCUGGCUUUGAUCAACCCGCCAAGAAAAAGGAAAGCGUCGACCCCGCAGCGGUUAUUUACGCCAUUCCCGAAUUGGCCUCGCUCGGGCGAGCCUUCCGRUCGGCGGCCCCCGUCAUGCUCACCGAGUCGGAAACCGAGUACGUYGUCCAAUGCACGAAACACAUAUUCCAGAGCCAUGUGGUUCUACAAUUCAGUGUCCAAAAUACGAUCGAGGAACAACGGCUCGACAAUGUUACCGUUCUUAUCGAUGAUAGCGAAUCUGAGGUCUUUACGGCCUCUGGAGARAUUGCCACGGACGGAGUCUCGUACGGAGAAACCAAGAACUGCUUUACAGUUCUGGAACGCAACACUGACGAAUCAUUGCCAUUGACUACGAGUAACUUUACCUGUGAGCUCCGAUUCACGGUAGUGGAGGUYGAUCCUUCCACCGGCGAGGAAGAAGGCGGAACCUUUGAGGAAGAAUAUCCUCUGGAAGACCUUGAGAUAUCCACCUCGGAUUUCAUGGCUAAGGUCACCGUUCCCGAUUUCCGCAAGGCCUGGGAGACUGCCGGCAACGGCAACGAGGUUCUCGAGAAGUUCGCCCUCCAGUUCAAGAAGAUGGAUGAGGCCCUGGCGGCCGUCAUCUCCUUCUUGGGUAUGCAGCCCUGCGACGGAACGGGCCAGCUCAAGCCAGAAAACCUUUCCGGGGCCAAGCCUCACAUGCUGCAUAUGUCCGGUGCCUUUGUUACCGGGUCGCAGGUCCUCGCCCGGGCCCAGGUGGCCAUGCAGCCCACCGGUGGGGUUAUCCUCAAGAUCGCCGUCCGAUCCGACGACUCUGCCGUCUCGCGGAUSGUCGCCGAUUGCAUUCACUAAUCCAUCGAUCCAUGUUGUGUAAUCGCAAACUAAUAAAAUUACCAAUUAUUU